AUAGUAAUAGCUUUUUUGUAUGGGCCAUCAUCUCCAUACAAAUUUUUUUUUCUUUCCUGUACAUACAAAAAAUAUAUAGAGAUGAGGAUGAGAAUAUAUUUUCCAAAAUUUUAAAUUUUUCAGAAUAUAGGUGGUUUAUUAGGAGGUGAAUAAGGUUAAUACUUAAGAGAUAAUUAAUAGAAAUGGCUAAAAGAAGACAAAAGACCAGAACUCAUAAGAAGAUCUCGGAAGAGGAAUUAGCCAAGAUCCCCAGAUCAAUGGUAAUAAGACUUGGAUCAAGUUUAAAGAAUCAUUCCUUAAGUCAAUUAGUUAAAGAUUUUAGAAAUGUUAUGCAACCUCAUACUGCUAUUAACUUACGAGAACGUAAAUCAAAUAAGUUAAAAGAUUUUAUUGUUAUGGCUGGUCCACUUGGAGUAUCUGAUUUAUUUAUAUUUAAUCAAUCUGAACAAACUGGUAAUAUAUCUUUAAGAGUUGGAAAAUUACCUCGAGGUCCAACUUUACAAUUCAGAAUUAAUUCAUAUUCUUUAGUUAAAGAUGUUAGAAGAAUAUUAAAACAUCCAAAAUCAAUAGGUAAAGAUUCAAAAGAAUUCUUAACUCCUCCAUUAUUAGUACUUAAUGGAUUUUCCAAUAAAUUAAAUGAAGUAGAAAAUCAUGAAAAAUUAAUGAUCACCAUGUUUCAAAAUAUGUUCCCACCAAUUCAACCACAACUGACAAGAGUAAGUUCAAUUAAAAGAGUAUUAAUGAUAAAUAAAGAUCCAGAAACUCAACAAAUUGAAAUUAGACAUUAUGCCAUUAAUACAAAAUUAGUUGAAGAAAAUAGAAAUGUUAAAAAGUUAAUUAAUAGUCAUCAUAAUUUAAAGAAAAAUUUACCAAAUUUAUCUAAUAAUGCUGAUAUCUCUGAUUUAUUAUUAGAUCCAUAUUCAGUUGGUGGAAUAACUUCAGAUUCUGAAGUUGAAGAUGAUGCUAUUGUUGAAAUUAAGAAUGAAAAUAAUAAUAUUCCUAAUAAGAGAUCAUUAUCGAAUAAUAAUAAAAAAGAGGGAGAAGGUGAAGAAGAAGAAUCUGGUCCUAUUGGAACUCCAACUAGAAAGAGAGCUAUUAAAUUAACUGAAUUAGGUCCUCGUAUAAGUAUGUCAUUAGUUAAAAUUGAAGAAGGAUUAACUGGAUCAUCUAAGACUCUCUAUCAUUCUCUUGUUACUAAAUCCAAAACAGAUAUUGCUAAUUUGGAAAGAUCUCAUGCUAUUAAACAAAAAUUAAGGAAUGAAAGACGAGCCAAACAAUUGGAAAAUGUUACAGCCAAGAAUGCUAAAAAGGAAGAAAAGAAGGCAAGAAGAAAAGCUAGAGAAAAUGGUGAAACUCAAGAAGCUAAUGAAGAUGAUGAUGUGUCUAUGGAUGAAAAUGACAGUGACAGUGACAGUGAUGGACCAGAGCUUAAUCCUGAUGAUUAUGAAAAUGAUAGUGAUCUUUUCAGUGACAUUGAAAAGUAAUCUGAUAGCAUUAUUACAUAAAACUUGUAUAUUAAUAAUUCUAAUAAAUAAAUUUAGCAUAUU